CAGAAAACGGCCUCCUGUGCAAAGCGCAUCGCUCUGAGCAGAUGGCCUAAAAGCAUGAAUGGUCAGCGUCUCUGGGCUUUGAGGCCAGCCCAGACAGCGGUGGGGAUAAUGGGGAUAAUGGGGAAGUGAUGGUGCUGCACGAGAAGGCUACUGACACAUCCAAGGCAGGUGCCGCUGCCCCGUACCGCGCAGUCGCCGCUUCUGCUGCUCCACCGAGCGAAUACGACCAGUCCCCAGAUGGCAUGGACGAGGAGGACCACGCGGCCAAUUUGGAGGUUAAGCGUCUCCAAGAAGAGAACAACCUCCUCUCUGACGCUCUGCUUGAGCAACAGCGCAAGACCAAUGUUCUCUCCGAAGAUCUUCUUGAGAAAAAGCGCACCAUUGACGGCCUCGAGCACUCGACGGAUGCAUGAUGAUACGAGCGAUGAGAGUUGCACAGAAAGGGUGUGGCUAGAGAUGUCUGGAUACAUCUUGCUACGAGUCGGAUACCAACAGCCAGUGUGCAUCAAAUGAACAUGAAGCAUAGCAUUGAACAUACAAAACCAGUAUGCAGCACAUGAAAUUGAAGCAUUAAACAUGC